AUGCAGCGCGAACGCUUGACCGUCGAGUUCCCGGAGAACUUUCGGUGCCACAUCACUACCAAGGUAGGUAAACCCUUGGGCAAGAGUAGAACGAGCGUUGGCAAGCCAACCGAACUCACCGUGGCCAGCGACACGACGUUUGGUGUUGUGUCUGCCCUGGUCGUUGACAACGUCUCCGCUGCGAUUGCCGACUACCACGCCGACGCAUCGAAUGCCAAGCUCCUGUGGGACUCACAGGUUCCAACGGAAGUGUAUGUAAAGGUUGCAGCCAACACGACCCAGGAUAAGUACACCAAAAUCACACUGGUAAACUACACCGAUGUUCUUCGACAAGUUUGGGAUAACGCUAGCAAAGUACGCAAUGCCCAGGCAUCGUUCACAUUGCAACUCUUCAUUUACGCCGGAAAAGACAUGAGCACGGCGAUAAGACGUGCAACCUCGAACAACCUCGUGACUGCGGCAGCUCGCGUUGCAGGGUACAUUGAGGACCAGAGCAUGGCCCUUGGCCCGCUCCAAACCGAGUACGCUACUCUCGUGACGGCUCAUUUGCCGCCGUCCGCCCCCGUCGAAAUCCCGACAAAUACGACGAUGCAACAACUCGGUCACAUUGAUGUUAUGGCUGCUCGUCAUGCCGACGAACGCCGGCACGAAAUGAAUUCCCAGACCACGGAAACGUACCGUAGGGUUCGUGUUCGUUUUGGCACUAUGGCCAGCGCCCCAGUGGAUUGUUUUCUGUUGGUCGAAGACCUUCGGAGCAUUCUAGGAAUUCCUCCAUUUGACCUGACGCCAUCCUAUCGCGAACCAUUUGUGGGGGAAGUUGUCGGUCCAAGUGUCAACAUGGAUGACAUUGAUCACAUUAAUCUCUAG